GUUGAGGCUUGCGUCGUUCUUUUCCGCGGCCUUCAUGGAGAGUGUUAGAUUCAUACGUUGAAUUUGAAAUUGAUUACUGCUCGGAUCCUCCUUUAAGCUGGAAAUCUUGCGUGAUGAUUGCGUAACUCAGUUGCAAUGUCCUAUCCUAUUAGUUACCUUCUCGGCAAAGCCCUUUUUUCGUUAUCUUCGACUUUGUUACGUUAGUAUGACUCGCGGCUCGUACUUUUGAUUUGUCUUUUUCAUGUGGAACAAUCAUGUCUGGAACUGAGCCUAAAACUACGGAAGUCGUUGCCGACAAGAAAGAGCAUACCGAGAAGAAAGAGCAUCCCGAAAAGAAGGAGGAGACAGCUGUACACGAAGUAGCCGAAGAGAGCCGUGACUCUGCUGCUUCGCUUGACAAUGAUGAAAAGUCUUACACAUCCGAGGAGAAGAACGGAGAAAGUGAGGAAGGAGGAGAAGAAGAAGAAAGUCAUGAUGAUGACGAAACAUCAAAGGCAACCGCCGAAGAGAAUGGCAAGGAAGGCGAGAACGGACAUGUAGAAUCAACCGACACUAAUGGCAAUGACCGUAAACGAGUGUCAGACGUUGCUGCGAGCGAGGCAACGGACGAAACUGCCCCACUAUUGAAGAAGAAAAAGACCGAGGAGGAAGAGGUCGGCGCUGGAGAUAAGCCCACUGGUACCGUUGCAGCCGAUUGAAUCGAAUUCGCCCUUUCUGUCGAAUAUCUUUACCCACAUGUGUUGACCUUUUAGUUUGUUGCAAUACCAUACUCGUAGACCAAAACAUCUGCCGGUCGCCGUCGUUUUCUUCUUUGCUGUACGAGGAUACUGAAGUGGCGACUCAGUAUUCCUCGUAUAUGUUGAACCUCAAAUCAAAGUGUUAAACCCAUGUGUGCGUGUCACUAGUAUUUAUAUUGUGUCUCUACGGUCUCCAUCUUGUUGAUAAAUCACGUAUUACUUGUUGUUUCUAUAUAUGGCGUAAUAUUUUUCUACAAUAAACUGUGAAUCGUUGAUGUUGUCUUUAC